AUGUCCAAUUCUGAACAAGAUUACUCGGUACACAUCCCUGAUGACAGUUGCGUGGCUCGAACACACUUCGUCAUCUCGGCAAAGCCUUACGAGGAGCUGGGCUACGACGACGAACCGGUGACACUGUGGCAAUCUCAACUAUCCCAUUAUAAGUACGACGCAUCCGCACCUUUUGCAGAUAUCUCCCGUCGGUUUGGAAGCAGGGUCAAAAACACUCUUGCAAAUUUCAAACGACGACCGGAAUCCUGGAGCGUAUUAAACUCCGAGUCCCGGCAAGAAAGCCUCAACAACAUUGAGGAACUGGUCAAUGCCUGUGCUGCGCAAGCGGUAUACAAGGAAGGAAUCGUUGUAUGGGAUGUGGAACGGGACGAAGGUUCUGGAGAACAAGAAUCCGAUGACUCCAGUAGUAGCCCGGCUGAUGAUGACCGCGAGGAGGAGGGGAGCGACGCCACUGAUUAG